AUGGGCAUCGGUGAUACAGUGGCGGCGGUGGCUCUACUGACAUGUGUCGUCACAGGAUGCGAGGCGUUCAGCCUUUACCCCUACCCGUCACUGUUUGGAUUUGUGCCACCGCACAACCCCAGUCCACGGAACACCACCCCUACACCUCGGGCGGUUACACCAGAUGCCAACCCUCCGCCAAAUCCGCCAGAUGCGAACCCUCUGCCAAAUCCACCAGAUGCGAACCCUCCUCGAAAUCCACCAGAUGUGAACCCUCCGCCAAAUCCGCCAGAUGCGAACCCUCUGCCAAAUCCACCAGAUGCGAACCCUCCUCGAAAUCCACCAGAUGUGAACCCUCCGCCAAAUACUCCAGAUGCGAACCCUCCGUCAAAUACACCAGAUGCAAACCCUCCGCCAAAUGCACCAGAUGUGAACCCUCCGCCAAAUACUCCAGAUGCGAACCCUCCUCAAAACACACCAGAUGCAAACCCUCCGCCAAAUACACCAGAUGCGAACCCUCCUCAAAACACACCAGAUGCAAACCGUCCGCCAAAUACUCCAGAUGCGAACCCUCCUCAAAACACACCAGAUGCAAACCCUCCGCCAAAUCCACCAGAUGCGAACCCUCCUCAAAACACACCAGAUGCAAACCCUCCUCAAAGUGUUCCCUCAUACUCUCCCAAUGGCGGAUCUAAUUACCCCUUCUACGGACGUGGUACCCAGAGAACGUUUUCUCCUUUCCCUGGUCGCUCAGGGUGGGGUGGAUUCGUCAACAGGUACAAGCCACCGCCCCCUUCCCCGGAAACAUCAGGGUUUCAGUACACACCGUCCGUACCACACGAUACAGCACAGGACUCCCAGGACUUUGUGGAACCACACAGAGAGUGGGUGUACCACUACAGGGGGACAAAAACAGAACGGUACCCGGAACGUAUGUUGAUGUCAGGAUAUGAAAAGGGAAUAUCAAGAAAUAUGGUCGAUAACCUUGCUCCGUAUUCUGAAACUGUAUUACCCGGACAGGAGAAGUCACAACGAGAUGAAGUCAAACAUUAUCCCCUAACAUCAAUGAUCAACCAUCUCAGAAGCAGUCAUACUCCUUCCGAAUUACGCUCUGUGUCAGAUCCAAGUACUAGUACCCAUACUGGAACAACCAUACAUAUAGAAGAACAUCAAGACGUGACAUAUCCAGAGCAAGAAAUACAACCAGGCACUGAAUUUAUCGAUGGCGAAAGAAACCUUCCGACAAGAGGAAGUGAAUCAACUCCUAGUGGAAAACCCGUAUUUCCCAAUACAGCACCGGAAGACUCGGACCAGGAUGGUUUUCAUGGCGAUCCCGUCCCGGCAGGUAGAUCUCAUUCCAUGCAACCUUCGGCUGAGGCAUAUCCAAAGGAAGAACAGGCCAGUGAUCGGGCUGCAGUCGCCCCUUUCGCUGGUUCAAAUCAACCUUUUUUAAUCGAAGACACUCUGAUUUCCUUCUUUGGACCAAGGUACCCUGAGGGCGGAGUCAACUCCAUGGUGUGA